AGUGUCUAGCAUCACCAGUCUGUUAUUUAAAUAGGCUUAAUCGCUAAGUUGUUUCAAUUAACUAUACUUUAACAUAACGCAGAUCACUGUAGGAGUUAUUUCGAUUACUAUUGGUCAUUAUGAAGUGCAUUUGGUUUGUGUUGCUUGUAGAAGUUAUGAGCGUAGUUGAUUCACAUCGACCGCUGACCAACGGGGGGAGUUAUGAAGUAUCUUUGUUUUCCACGAAAGCUAAAUCAAUAGCAGAGGUGAUCUACAUGAUGUGCUUGCCUAAAGUUCCUGAUUACGUUCACGCAACAGCAAGACCGAGCAACCCAUCUUUGCCCCACAAGUUCAACGUGACCAUUCUUGAAAUUAAGAAACUCAGCUUUAUAGUUGAAAUAGAGCGAGUUGACCAAGCUACAGGGUGGGAUAGGAUGCCGAUAACUGUGGAUUGGUUCUCGUAUAUAGGUAACGGACUGGUUUAUCAGAAUCUGAUCCUUUGGUUUCCUGAUGCUACAAAUAGAACAACCAUGAACCGUAACACAGCAUCGAAGUACUGCAUUGACAAUGGCGGUCGAUUGGUGGAUAUUGUGGAUAAAGCGAUGUACGACGUGGUUUACAAUUACUGUCGACAAAGCAUUGUAUUCGGAUCCGAUGGAUAUGUUCGUAUUUGGCUCGGUUCAAGUUACAACCCAGCGACUGAUACAGUGACGCAGAGCAACGGGAAACCUGGUUAUCAUGGAGAUUGGUUCUCUGGUUAUCCGUGGAGAAGAUACGAGACGUACACUGGAUUGUUGCUUAACAUCGUACCACCAAGUUACACCGGCACCAACCACGGAAUGUAUAAUCUUCCCCCAACAUCGGGUGCUACGAUCACUACACAAUUAUGUUCAACUAACCUAAUUGACCCCUAGGCUGAAGCGAUUAGUGUUGAAUGGAUUGGCCAAAUUUACGAUAGCAGUGACGAGCAUGGGGGUUAAUUCACAUGGACAAAUAUUUUGCAAUCAUUAUUUUCAAACCUUUCGCUUCUGAUUCCUUUUCAACUCUGAUAUCGUUGUUACGUUCGUUACACACGAUAAGAAAAAACAUUUGUAAACUUUUUUUAUUUUUAAGUCAGUAGAAAACUCGUCACUAUAUUUGCGCGCCACUGGCUGCAAUGCUUCACAAUUCCACCGAACAUACUUUACUUUAUUUUGCUCUUAUUGCUACCAGGUAUAGUUUAAUAUAAAAUGGCUACUUCGGCUUUGAAACUUUAAUUAUAUUUUAUACCAACGUUUCGUCUGCCAUACGACUUCAUCAUACUAGUAUGGACUUUACUUUGCAGUCUACUGCGCAGCAUCGUUGAUUAUUUAUUGCGAAUAUAUUGAUUGUGUCUUGCUUAUUGUGGUUGUAUAUUCUACAUCGCUUAAUAUUGUAAUAUAGUAGGGUGGGGAGACGGGACACCUUCAGCACAUUGUUUCGUGUUUUAAACCAAUUAACAACGGUCUAUGGUAGUCGAGAGGAUACGGUUUUAUAAAUCUUUGAACGUUCUUUGUUUACUACCAAAUGGGACGAGAAAAUAGAAUGAAAAGAUGUCCCAUCUUCCCCCACCCUACUAUACCGGUUUUACGUCGUAUUUCUCUGCAUAUAAUUAACUCGUCUUGUAGACACAGCCCACGUGACCAUAGUCACAUGAUUUUUCCAAGUAAAUAAUUGUUUGGCCGAAAUUAUUAAAUAUUUAAAUUCUACGACGGCUUCCUUUAGCCACAACAUCCCAAACAAGCUUUUGCCCGAAAGUUCAUCUUUCGUGAUUUUAUUAAUCGUUGUUGUAUAGUUCGCAUUAUUAUAUUAAACAGAAAUUAAUCCAAA